AUGGAUGCUGGAAAAGUCAAAAGCUACCUGGAUCUUGAUAGUUUAAGAUUGGACACACACGAUGAAAUAGAAAGACAUCUGAAGAAAGCAUUGUCUUCAACAAAAUGUAAGAGGAGGAAUUGCGAGUGUAAACAUUUGAAUUUGAAGGACAUUGAUCAAAAUUAUGACGAUAUAGGGGCUCAUUUGAAAAUUAAUAUCUUAACCACACAUCAUGAACUUAUACACGGAUUUCUGAAAAGUGGAAAUUUGUUACACGCCUUAGUGUCUCAUUUUAAUGAGUUAAGAGGAAGAAACAAAACACUGUAUGGAUGUCUCAUGUAUAUUGUUGCUAAAGGAAAGUAUAGAGUAGGAGAAUCUAUUGAUCACAAGGUGAUGGAAUAUUGUAACAUUGACGCAGUUUUACAAAUAGUGCGACCAUGCGAUUUUGGCGAUUGUGAAGACAAGACUAAAUUCUGUGUAAAAGCAGAUAAUGAAGCCAUCAAUUAUUUCUAUAAACACAUUGUAAAGAGUGACAAACGACUUGAGGAAUCAUUGAAAGAUCAUCCGCUAGUUCGAUACGCAGUUGCUUUGCCUCUUAGUGAUUUCUAUCCAUUCGGAUUUACUGCGGGGGAUUCACGAUUACUGCCUGAUGAUGAUUCCUCCCAGAGUGUCCCCAUUCCAGCUGGUUUUCCCUGUUUUGGACAUAUGUACUUUUAUCUUUAUGUGAAUAACAAUGGAGAUUUGUCUUUUGAAUCCCCGCUGAACGAAUAUUCUCCGACACCUUUUCCAAUAAAUGGGUCUCAUCGUAUUAUUGCUCCAUUCUGGGCAGACGUUGAUACAAGGUACAACAAUGGAAGUAUGAAUACCUUCCAGUCUUUAUUAAUCACCGAUGGCAUUUAUUCCUUUGCUGUUCUGAACUACUACAAGAUUGUGUGGACAACAGGAACAUCCAAUGGGGGAAAUGUAUCCACAGGACUUGGAGGCAUAACAGCACAAGUUGGAUUUAACAAUGGGGAUGGAAUUCAUUUCUACUCCGUAGAAGGAUCAAGGACAAAUGACGUUUUAAACCUUACCCACAUUUCAAACAUCAACAUUCCGGGUCAGUUUGUGUUCCGAGUGGACGAUACUAUUACUAUCACCGGAGAAACUGAUAGCUGUACUAGCAAUCCCUGUGUUAAUGGUGUCUGCACUAAUCAUACCAACAGUUACACUUGUGUCUGUCUAGUUGGUUAUACAGGACAGCAAUGCGAAAUAGAUAUCAAUGAUUGUGCUAGCAAUCCCUGUAUUAAUGGUAUAUGCAAUGAUCACACAAACGGGUUUACUUGUGUCUGCCCAGCAGGUUACACGGGACACCAAUGUGAAACAGAUAUCGAUGAUUGUGCUAACAAUCCCUGUGUUAAUGGCGUCUGCACUGAUCGUACAAACGGGUAUACUUGUGUCUGUUCAGCGGGGUAUACAGGACAACAUUGUGAAACAGAUAUCGAUGAUUGUGCGAACAAUCCCUGUAUUCAUGGUGCCUGCACUGAUCUUACAAACGGGUAUAUUUGUGUCUGUCUAGCCGGGUAUACAGGACGACAAUGUCAAACAGAUAUCGAUGAAUGUGCUAGCAAUCCCUGUAAUUAUGGUGUCUGCACUGAUCAUACAAACGGGUAUACCUGUGCCUGCCAAGCGGGUUAUACAGGACAACAAUGUGGAACAGAUAUCGAUAAUUGUGCGAACAAUCCCUGUAUUCAUGGUGCCUGCACUGAUCUUACAAAUGGGUAUAUUUGUGUCUGUCAAGCCGGGUAUACAGGACAACAAUGUGAAACAGAUAUCGAUGAUUGUGCUAGCAACCCCUGUGUUAAUGGUGUCUGCACUGAUCGUACCAACGGGUAUACUUGUGCGUGUCAUGUGGGUUACACAGGAGAACAAUGUACAACAGAUAUCGAUGAUUGUGCGAACAAUCCAUGUGUUAAUGGUGCCUGCACUGAUCUUACAAAUGGGUAUAUUUGUGUCUGUCAAGCCGGGUAUACAGGGCAACAAUGUGAAACAGAUAUCGAUGAUUGUGCUAGCAACCCCUGUGUUAAUGGUGUCUGCACUGAUCGUACCAACGGGUAUACUUGUGCGUGUCAUGUGGGUUACACAGGAGAACAAUGUACAACAGAUAUCGAUGAUUGUGCCAACAAUCCCUGUGUUAAUGGUGCCUGCACUGAUCUUACAAACGGGUAUAUUUGUGUCUGUCUAGCCGGGUAUACAGGACAGCAAUGUGACACAGAUAUCGAUGACUGUGCGAACAAUCUCUGUGUCAAUGGUGUCUGCACUGAUCGUACAAACGGGUAUACUUGCGUCUGUCAAGCGGGUUAUACAGGACAACAUUGUGAAACAGAUAUCGAUGAUUGUGCGAACAAUCCCUGUGUUAAUGGUGCUUGCACUGAUCUUACAAAUGGGUAUAUUUGUGUCUGUCAAGCGGGUUAUACAGGACAACAUUGUGAAACAGAUAUCGAUGAUUGUGCUACCAAUCCCUGUAUCAAUGGCGUAUGCGCUGAUCGCACAAACGGGUAUACAUGUGUCUGCCCAGCAGGUUAUACGGGGCAUCAAUGUGAAACAGAUAUCGAUGAUUGUGCUAUCAACCCCUGUGUUAAUGGUGUCUGCACUGAUCAUACGAAUGGGUAUACCUGUGCCUGUCAAAUGGGUUAUACAGGACAACAUUGUGAAACAGAUAUCGAUAAUUGUGCGAACAAUCCCUGUGUUAAUGGUGUCUGCACUGAUCUUACAAAUGGCUAUAUUUGUGUCUGUCAAGCAGGGUAUACAGGACAACAGUGUGAAACAGAUAUCGAUGAUUGUGCUAUUAAUCCCUGUGUCAAUGGCGUAUGCGCUGAUCAUACAAACGGGUAUACUUGUGUCUGCCCAGCGGGUUAUACAGGACAGCAAUGUGAAACAGAUAUCGAUGAUUGUGCUAGCAACCCCUGUGCGAAUGGUGUCUGCACUGAUCUUACGAACGGGUAUAUCUGUGCCUGUCAAGCGGGUUAUACAGGACAACAAUGUACAACAGAUAUCGAUGAUUGUGCGAACAAUCCCUGUGUUAAUGGGGUCUGCACUGAUCAUACAAAUGGGUAUACUUGUGUGUGUACAGCAGGUUAUACAGGACAACAAUGUGAAACAGAUAUCAAUGAUUGUGCAAGCAAUCCCUGUGUUAAUGGUGUCUGCACUGAUCGUAAAAACGGGUAUACUUGUGUCUGUCCAGCGGGUUAUACCGGGCAGCAAUGUGAAACAGGUAAAAAUAAAGAGGGAGUUAUUGAAUAUAUUUUUUUCCUGGAAAACAUAAAACCAUAG